AUGAUUUGUUCCAGAGAUAUUCAAGAAUACUUUCUGAACAGCUACAAUCUCUACGAAAGUCUAUUUACCUCCAUAGCCGAUGACUCGGCUCUAUAUCUUUAUCCAGACAGAUUAAGACUGCCACUAAUCUUCUACUACGGACACACUUCGGCAGUCUACGUCAAUAAGCUUAUGUUGGCUGAUCUACUAACAAAACGGAUAAAUGCCGAGUUCGAGACCAUCUUUGAGACUGGUGUAGACGAAAUGUUCUGGGACGAUACGGUUAACCAGCGGAUUGAUGGUAAACCCAUCGUGUGGCCGGAAGUGGUUGACGUGACAGCCUACAGACGGCAGGUGAAAAACGCCAUACUGCAAAUGAUCAAUGAUACACCGCUUGAACUUCCCAUCACCAUGGAGAGCAAAUGGUGGGCCCUUCUGAUGGGCAUGGCGCACGAACGUAUUCAUCUAGAAACAUCUUCUGUCCUUAUUCGUCAACUCCCAGUCAACGUAGUGACGAAGCCUCCAACAUGGGUAUAUGCUGAAAUGAAAACCGGCAAACCUGUUGGUCCGAACUCGUUGGUGGCUCUUGAAGGCAGAGAGGUCCAACUGGGCAAACCGCGAAACUUCCCGUCCUACGGAUGGGAUAACGAGUAUGGCGAAUCACGCUGCCUCGUCCCAGAUUUCGAAGCUACAAAAUAUUUGGUAACCAAUGAAGAAUUCCUGAAAUUUGUCACUGACAAAGGUUACGAAAGACAGGAAUUGUGGUCAGACAUCGGAUGGAAAUGGAGAUGCUUCCGGAGUGCAAUCCACCCAACAUUUUGGGUCUGUAACAAAGGGUGUAAAAGUGGUUGUGGUGAAACUCUGUCAAAUUAUACUCAUUGCCAGCUGCGUUCGAGUGACGAACUUAAUGAACCAACAUUCUGCUACCGCGCCAUGUUUGAUGUGAUCACCUUACCAAGAGAUUGGCCGGUCGAAGUGAAUUACCAUGAAGCGAAAGCCUACUGCACCUGGAUGGGCCCCGGCUACCGUUUACCUACCGAAGCCGAGGCGAUGCUCAUGAAAGGAACGAUGCCACCCAUAACUGAGAGAGUCAAGUGUGAUAUCAUCCACUCCGGUAAACCAGAUGCAAACAUAAACUUCAAAUACGGUUCACCAUCGAAUGGUUCCUGGAUUUCCACUGGUAAUGAAGCUUCUCGUUUUGCAAGAUAUGCCUUUCGCAGGCAUUUCUUUCAACACCUGGGUUUCCGUAUGGUGAAAUCUAGCCAUGACAUCCCUGUGAAGCUAAUCGGUCCGACUGAUCAGGUGACAAAAACUUCAGAACUUGAAAAUGGAAGUCCUGUGAAAAGUUAUUCACAGGUAAAUGUAAGUGCGAACAGCCAGUACAGGUACAGUGAUAAGUUGGUCAUUGAAGAUGUCUUACUACAGGAAUAUGGCUUCAAAAAUAGUCUGGAUGCUGUUGCUCUUCAAAAAGGUCUCAGUUUGAUGGAAGAAUGGUCAAUUCCGGCAAAGACUGCACUGGUUCUUGGUUCAAGUUCUGGUAGAGUUGCAUUCGAUAUGUCAAAAACUUUCAAAAAGGUGUUGGGUAUAGACUACAGCAACAGGCUUCUGUCAGUCGCAGAGAAAAUUAAAUCUUCCAAAAGCACCAUUAUACCUUACAGUCUUGGUAAAGAAGUAGAAAUUGAUCCCUCAUGGAGUCGAGAGAAUGUCAUAUUUAAACAGUUAACCUGGUUAUCCAUGGAGCUGGGUUCACACAACAUGGUCCUUGUCACAUUUCUUGAGCGUUUACAGAAUACAAAAGCUUGGCUUUAUCGACUCUGGGAAUUGCUGAAGGAUGAUGGCUUAUUGGUCAUUACUUCUAAAGACACCACAUGGACAGCAGCUGAGUUACAGCAGUACCUACAGCCCAGGUAA